AAGAAAAUAGUGAUGUCUUGUGAAGAAUCAGCAAUAAAAGUGGUCAAGUUCAUUCUCAAUGUGGUCGAGAAGAGGCUGCCCAUCAAGAGGGGUGAAAUAAUGGGCGCUAUGAACGAUGGCUUUGCGACAAACAAGACAUAUCCGGAAGUCAUGGUCCGUGUGGAACAUCACCUCGCAAAGACUUUUGGCUAUGCAAUCCAGGAUGUAAUGGUCAAAAACACCAAGAGCUACAUUGUCGUGCCCAAAAACAUAACCUCACAUUUGGUUAUGCCUCCCGGAAAAUGGCCUGAAGUUACACUUCUCUACCUAACGCUCACUUACAUCUUCAUGAAGGGUGGAAAAGUGGCAGAAAAUACUCUAUGGAGGUUCCUGGGUACUCUCAACAUCUCACAGGAAGAACGCAGUGAUGGAAUCUUCAGAAACGCAAAUAAACUCCUCACAGAAACCUUCGUCAAACAACUGUAUCUCGUCCGGGAGAAAGAUUACGAGGAGGGCGGAGAUGCAGAUUUCGUUAUCCAAUAUUCCUGGGGGCCCAGGAGUGAGUUUGAACUGUCCAAAAAGGCUGUCCUUGAUUAUGUGGCUCAGGUUCUCAAGAGACCGGCGAGGAGCUUCAUUUUGCAGUACAGGGAACUUUAUGGCGCACCAGCGAGCAGUAGAGAUGGUGAAUCAAGUCAGGCAGCGCCGUCAUCGCUGAUCCCACUUUGAUUUGGAAGAUCUUGCAGCAAUAUUUGGCUUGUCCUGUGAACCAACAGGCGUGCUGAUAAUUCUCUCAAGUUUCUUCUCCUCUUUCAUCAUCAUCUUCCGGCGCUUUUUGAGACUCGGCACAUCAUCGAGUUCGUCAAACAUUUCUUUUUCAAUUUCAUUAAUAUCAUCAAUUGGACGCUUGAAUUUUCCACCAUAAUCAUCAUCUCUGUAAGAGAAUUUGAAUUUAAUGUUAAAUGAAUUCACAAGAUUAGAUUAACAUGAAAUAACCUGAAGUAA